AUUCGUAGCCAUAGCGACCGCAAGGUAUGGUCGCUCGAUUAAUAGUUUGUUGCGAAUGACAGCUACAAAGAUAAUCAAGUAUAUACAUGAACGUCCAGGAAUCUCAGUAUUUUGUUCUAUAUGAAGAACAUGCUGCCGUUUACGGCGGCGUGUAAAUAUGUUCGGGUUAUAAUGCUGAGAUUCACUACCUAAAAACGAGUAAUAUAAAAAUUUCCAAGCAUAACGUAAGUGAAGAUGAAUCGAUAUAUAACCUUGAAUCAAUUGGGUGACGGAACCUUUGGUUCCGUUGUUCUUGGAGAACGUAUUGAUACGGGCGAAAAGGUAGCUAUAAAGAGAAUGAAAAGGAAAUAUUAUUCCUGGGAAGAGGCUAUGAAUCUACGGGAAGUAAAGUCAUUGAAAAAACUCAGUCACGCAAACGUGGUAAAGCUUAAAGAAGUUAUACGAGAGAACGACGUGUUGUAUUUUGUAUUCGAAUACAUGAAGGAAAAUCUCUACCAAUUAAUGAAGGACAGGGACAAGCUCUUUCCUGAACCAGUAAUAAGAAAUAUGGUGUACCAAGUAUUGCAAGGUCUCGCUUUCAUGCAUAAACAUGGCUUCUUUCAUCGCGACAUGAAGCCAGAAAAUUUAUUAUGUAUGGGGCCCGAAUUAGUAAAGAUCGCUGAUUUCGGUUUAGCGAGAGAGAUUCGGUCAAGGCCUCCGUAUACAGAUUAUGUAUCGACGAGAUGGUAUCGAGCACCGGAAGUAUUGCUACACUCUACGACUUACAACAGCCCAAUCGACAUUUGGGCGGUUGGCUGUAUAAUGGCCGAGUUAUACACGUUUAGGCCCCUGUUUCCCGGAAAGAGCGAGAUCGACGAAAUAUUUAAAAUAUGCUCCGUAAUUGGAACACCUGAUAAAGAAGAUUGGCCAGAGGGAUAUCAAUUGGCCGCGGCUAUGAAUUUUAAAUUUCCGAAUUUUACGCGUACUUCAUUGGCCGUAUUAAUACCGAACGCUAGUCAAGAGGCAGUUAUACUCAUGGAAGACAUGUUACAAUGGAAUCCUAUAAAGAGACCAACAGCACAGCAAUCGCUUAGAUAUCCAUAUUUUCAAGUCGGCGACCCGCGUAUCAUUAAUAGUAAGAAAAUUGGUGUUGUAUCUCAACGAGAGCUUGCCAUGAACAAAAUAAAUCUUCCACCACCUGCGCCUAAACAAUAUAAUUAUUCUCAAGAAAACCUUGUUAAUAAUAUACUUCAAUCGAAAGAACCCGAAAAAAUAGUUGAAUCGCAACAGCAACAGACGAUUGCUUUGCCACUACUAAAUUAUAACAAUCACAAUAAUCACAAUAAGCAUGACAACAACGCUUCCAAAUGUGAUGAGGAUGAUUUUGCCGGUUUUCUAGGGAGCAAAGUCAGCCCGGAAAAUCCAAUGCUCAUCCCUGAUCGCAUAUAUAAGGAAAAUCGUGUCAAUUGGAAUGCCAACUAUCAGCAACCCGAUAAUUUGAAGCAUAGUAAUGCUAAUUGGGCCCUACCAGCGUGGAAUGAACCACCGUCGAGGAUGUGGAAUCAGUCAAACCAGUCCAGUCAAAUGAAAAACUCGCGUAAAGUCUCGGCGAAGCAACAUUACCUCAGCGUGGCUCGGUAUGUCGCAGGCCAGAGCACAAAUUUGUCAUCCAGAAAUGGGGAUUCCGAUAUCAACAGAUCAAAACUAUUAAACGGAUUCAUCAAUCAAGCAACAUCCAACAAAUAUGAGGACUUUACAGAGUCCUUUUGGGGGUCUAGAAAUAGUAUUGAGAAUCAAACAAGACAGCAUUAUCUCGCGCGAAACCGUUAUAUUGCCGAACAAAGCUUGAGAUUACCUUAUCCCAGCGUAUACGGUACCCAAAGUAUCAAGACUAACAAUAAGCCCACGUUUCAACCGAAUUUGUUUGGAAACGUUUUCAACGCGAAAGCGAGUGGCGGACCCUACGGCCGAACGGACUGGGCAGCGAAAUACCUCAAAUGAUCAUUGUAGAAAAAUUAGUUUUUUUCUUUUCAUAUUGAUAAUUUGUCAUCGUAGCCUUUCUUCUAGGCAAACUUUAACUGUGAUAGAACGACCGUUGUCGUUCCAUUAUGGCAGGAACGCAGAUAAACAAAUUGUGUCUUCUUUUUCCUGUGUUGCGAUUUUAUAAAAUCAAAUCGUACUCGGAUUAAAUGGGGACGAAACAAGAAGGGAAUUGAAUAAAACUCCGGCGUCGUGUUAUCGAGGAUUUCAGCAUUUUCAUAUAUGUGAUUGAAGUUUCGGAGCCAAUUAUAUAGAUUGCUAUUAUAUAAACCGUCCAUGUUAAUUGAUCAUGUAUGAAAAAGUUUAAUUUUUUGAGAAACCAAUAAUUCUGAACGCUGUGCAAGAUAUAUAUAUAGUUCUAUAAGAUACACAUUAUAUUGUGUACAUGUGUGUAUGUUUACAUGCAUACACAAACACAUGUAUAUAAGUGUACUUUUCAUCAUCUAUAUAUAUGUAUAGUUUGUAUAUAUUAAUUAACUUUCCGAUAUGGCGUGAUAUGUACGACAGUUAAUUAAAGCGCAAUUCUCGGUAAUCAAAUCCGAGAAUAUGUAAUACUUGGCGUC